CGCUCCGGUCAGUUUCCGCCAAGUGUCUCUCCGCCCUACUCCGCUUCUGCAGUAGUGAAUCCACCAGUGAUUUCCGAACCCUAGAAACCAUGCUGCAGAACGUGUUCCGUCAUGCGGUCCGCUCGGUGGCCACGAUCGGUGCCCGACAGGCACCGGUAGUCACUACCAGCAGCAAGUACUCCACCUCAUCAUUCGGCACGAAUACCGGACCGACCAGCCCCGUCACCUAUCUAAGCGAGGACGAGAUGGUGAUGAAGGAGACGGUGGCGAAGUUGGCCCAGGAGCAGAUCGCUCCGCUGGUCAAGAAGAUGGACGAGGAACACCAGUUCGAUCCGUCGGUCGUGCGUGCCCUGUUCGACAACGGGUUGAUGGGCAUCGAGGUGGCCGAACAGUACGGUGGUAGUGCUUGUAACUUCAUGACCACCAUGUUGGUUGUCGAGGAGCUAUCGAAGGUGUGCCCUGCGACGGCGGCCUUUGUCGACAUCCACAACACGCUCGUCAACUCGCUCAUGAUCAAACUCGGCACGGAGGAGCAGAAGAAGAAGUAUCUGCCGAAGCUGAGCCAGGAAUUCAGUGGUAGCUUCGCCCUGUCGGAACCGUCGGCCGGAUCAGAUGCGUUCUCGCUGAAGACGACAGCGAAGAAGGAUGGCAACCACUACGUGCUGAACGGUACGAAGAUGUGGAUCUCCAACUCGGACAUCUCCGGUGUGUUCCUGAUCAUGGCCAAUGCGAACCCAUCGGCUGGCUACCGUGGCAUUACCACGUUCAUCGUGGAGCGCGAGUACGAGGGUUUCACCGUGGGCAAGCGUGAGAGCAAGCUCGGUAUCUGCGCUUCCGGAACCUGCACGCUCCAUCUGGACAAUGUGCGCGUCCCGGAGGAGAACAUUCUGGGCGAGUUCGGCAAGGGUUACCAGUAUGCGGCCGGUUUCCUGAACGAGGGCCGCAUCGGUAUUGGGGCGCAAAUGAUCGGCCUGGCGCAGGGCUGUUUGGAUGCGACCAUCCCGUACCUGCUCGAGCGCAAACAGUUCGGCUCGGAUCUGUACUCGUUCCAGGGUAUGCAACACCAGAUUGCCACGGUGGCAACAGAGAUCGAAGCCGCUCGGCUGCUGGUGUACAAUGCGGCCCGCCUGCAGGAGGCCGGUGUACCGUUCCUGAAGCAGGCCGCCAUGGCCAAGUAUUACGCGUCGGAGGUGGCCCAGCGGGCGACCGUCAAGUGCAUCGAUUGGAUGGGUGGUGUCGGUUUCACCAAGGAUUUCCCGCAGGAGAAGUUCUAUCGCGACUGCAAGAUCGGUGCGAUCUACGAGGGAACGACCAACAUGCAGCUCAGCACGAUCGCCAAGGUCCUGCGCAAGGAGUACCAGUCGUAAAUCAGGAGAACUGAUAACCGGGAGGGGACGUGGGUACGCAGACUGGCAGGAGAAGCACUGCAACCGUACAUUGACUAGCGAUCGGGAGGGGUGGGAGGCUGUGUUCUCGAAGAAACAUGAUCGCGAAGAUUGCGUAACGCGAGUGUGGGUUAAGUGGUCGGGCGACAUCUCUCGCUUGCUCUCUCUUACUCUCCUCUUUCUGUAGUUCCCUUAUCUCUCGCUCGAACUUCUGCAGCAUAAAUUCGAACAUUCCAGCAACCAGUGAGAGUGAUCCGUGCCAAGCAUCUGUUAAGGUUUUGUAUUUCUCUAAGAAAGCGAAACUGAGGGCAGUAGGAAUCAAAUUCCAAAUCCAAUGUCUUCCCUUUUCCCGCUCCCUACCCGUUCCCUCCUUCUUCCAACGUUGAACUCACGAUGCAGAGUUCGUUUUGCGAUAAGAUGAUAUAUCAGGUGUCUGAGGGGACCUGAACUGGCAGGUGGGAGUUGGCACUGCGAGCCUUUAUUUUUGGCGAUAGCUUAUCAUCAUAGCAAGUGAGCCCCUUUUUUGGUAGCACAGCUGGUUGGAGAAAAAGUUGAACAAACAGGUAAAAUUACGCAUUUAGCAGCGAUGGCGAGCUCGUGACCGAGCGCAUUAUCGAACUAGAAGCUUCUUCGACGGAGGAGAAGCACGGUGGUAACAGUGAAAAUGAUGCAUUUAUUAUGAUAAGCUAGCGCGUAGGCUGCAUUCGGUGUACGCAUUUAGACAUGUAAGACGAAUGAUGGACGCCUGGACAAUCAAAUAGGAACAACAGGAUAUUACAGGGACGUAAACUGGCUGCCAACCUUCCCAAGGAAGGAAAAUCGAAAGUCGAAAGCACAAACAACCAACAGACGAGUAAGCGAAUGGAGGAUCAUAUCCUUCCCAACAAAGCGCGACCAACGGGAUAUUGUUCAAUCAAUUCAGGUUUUGAUGUAAGCGGCAAACUGUUAAUGAUCUUUAUUUGCGUCGAAUAAAGCUGUCGAGCGUUUUAUUAGCAA